AUGCCUCCUCGAAAAAAAGUAAACCAAAAGCCUUCUGGCUCGACACCUACCCACCCUGCUCCAGGAACCACAAUAACCAUUCCUCUUAACGACGAUGACUCCGAAAAAGCCCGUCGAAAUGCCAAACGUCAGACUCUGCAGGAGGCCCAGCUGAACAAAAUCAUAGCAGCUGCUACACCUCGUAAAUCAAUGGGUGUAAAUGAUGGCGGCAGUCCAAUGAUUAUGUCUACCCCGGCCGCGAGGGGAGGGGUAAAUGCUGUGAAUGCACAAACACCAGUGAAGAAAGUACCUAUAUUGGCGAAUUUUGAGGAGUGGAUGAAGAUGGCAACAGAUAACAAAAUCAAUGCGACGAACAGCUGGAAUUUCGCCUUGAUCGACUAUUUCCAUGAUAUGUCCUUGCUGAAAGAAGGAAACAGCAUCAACUUCCAAAAGGCAUCAUGUACUCUGGACGGUUGUGUCAAAAUCUAUACCUCGAGAGUCGACUCCGUAGCUACUGAAACCGGGAAACUAUUAAGCGGUUUGGCCGACAACUCUGGCAAGAAAAAGGGUAACCAGGAAGAAGAGGGUGCUGGUGGGGAAGGCGAGGACGGCGAUGAUGACGAUGAAGAAGGUGGAAGAAAGAAGGCGAGAAAGAGGGCUACUAGGUCCGAAAUAACUCUGGCUAAGGACUGGUCGCAGUUGCAGCUUAAGAAAUUCGAUCUAGAGUUUGCAGUAGACCCGUUAUUCAAGAAAGCUGCUGCAGACUUUGACGAAGGUGGUGCGAAAGGUUUACUCUUGAACGUGCUUUCUAUUGACGAGCAUGGGAGGAUUGUUUUCGACUCAAGCGACGACGUCAAAGACUCGACAAAUACUGCAGAACCGGCCGAGCUUGUAAAUGUUGAAGAUGGUGACGAUGAGGUUGCUGAAGGCGAUGCUACGGAGGUCGGAGAGGACACCAUGGACCAUACUAUCACCGAGGCCAGCCAAGCAGCAGAGAAGAAGAAGAAGAAGGAGCAAGCCCCAGAAAUCCCCCUAGACCUUGAUGCUCUUGCCCAAAAAUUCUUCCCAGACAUCGACAGAAUCGAAGAACUUGAUGUCUGCCCUUCUCUCAAAAACUUCGCACUUGGUGACCCCACAGCCUCACUUGACAUCCCCUUCCUAAAGGCCCUGACAGAAAAAGAAGAAGAAGAGCUUGCUGCUGAACAAGAAAACGAAUUUGACGCCGGUGGCUUCGAUGACGAUGGAGAUUUUGGGGGUGGUGGCUUCGAGGUCGCCCUAGGAGGCCCCGAGGCCGCCCUAUAUGGCCAAGGGGGAGAAGCCUGGGCUAACCAAACAAUGGGCGGAGAGCGAAGCGGGGGCCCCACGCGAGAAGUUGAUAUCGACGUAGACGGAGAGUUCGAUGUUAAUGACAACGACUACACCGUUAGACUCGGUGCCGGUCGUGAGGCUGAGCAGGAGGACAUUCUAGCUUACUUCGACGAGGCAUUGAAGAAGAACUGGGCAGGCCCUGAGCACUGGAAGAUUAGGAAAAUCAAAGAGGGAAACAAGGGAGAUGCAGCUCCUAGAAUUCGCAAGGAAAAGGCGCCUUUCACAAUCGACUUCGUCACUCCGGAUCAAAACCUCGACGAUGCAGACGCUCUAUUCGCCACCUCAAAUGCUAGUAUCAAUAUGCCCAAAACCCAGCUAAGGCAUAAGGGUCGUAACCUUCUGCCUGAUGACAAGCAUUUUAACUCCCGCCAGCUCAUUCGACUAUUUCUUAAGCCCAAGGCUAUGCUCCGUAGCAAGAAGACGGUUAAGGGCCAAAUGCCAGUCAGGGGCGCCGAAGGGGAAAAUAAUGACGAUAUGGUCAUGGAUGAGCAGUUCUGGGCACAGAACGAGAUCGCUGUUACUUCUACACCGGAACGUCAACAAGGCGACUACGAUGCCAACUUCUUCCACGACGAGCCAUUGGGUGGCAUCGAAGAUGAAGAUGAUGGCGCCUUUGCGGAUGCUAGAGAGAUAUUCUCGCCUGAAAGGGAUAUGGGUGCAGGCGCCCUACCUACUAUAGAUGAGAACGGAAAUCCAGUAAUUCCUCUGGUAGACGAGAAAAAGCCGGAACUAGGUUAUGGCGCACAAUUGGUGACGAGUAGCCGUCGCAUACGUCCUGAGUAUGUACAAUACGCAAGAGUAGCGAAGAAAGUAGACGUCAGAAAGUUGAAGGAGACGAUGUGGAGAGGUAUGCUGUUUGAAAGCAUCGAUCUGCCUCCACAAACACCGGGUAAACCUCAACAAUCCGUUACAGAACAGACGCCGGCACCGGCGGAGGAACCGAAGACACCACCUCCACCGGAUGUGCCAAGAACUUUCACGACAUUGAUGAACGGAUUGAAAACCUACUAUCCGAAGCAGGCAAUGAAUGAUAUCAGUACUAGUUACUGCUUUAUUUCGUUACUACAUUUGGCGAAUGAAAAGGGGCUGCAAAUUGAAGGAGACGGUAGUCUGAAGGAAUUAUUCAUCGUCAGAGAUCUUGAUGCUGAGGUUGGAGGCGAAUAUUAA